UUCUCUACUCGUUCUCUCGCCGCGUGACAACUGUCACGAAAAAUGCAUGCAGGAUUCCGAACGUCGUUUGUAUCAGAGGAGUCCUGCGCCAACCAGAGAAAUUAGAUAAUCUUUCAAGAGACUGCAGGUGAUUCGUACUACAUACGUAACGUAUUCUCCGAUUGGGUGGCUCAUGGAUCAGAGGAAAGCCUUCGGGUUGCUAUCCAAUGCGAUGCCAUAGAUUCGUGGUUGGUAUGGCGGCUCUCGCAGGAACGAACGAGAGUUGUUGAGUAGCGUCAUCGGAGUCGCGGUUCUUCUUCGAGAGCGUGCCAUUUAUGUUAUCGAGGCGACCGACGUAGACGAGGCGUUUAAUCGGAUCUACGGACGCAGCAAGUGCAAUUGAGCAUGAGACGCAAAAGCGAAAGGAACAAAGCAAAGGGAUCUCCGGAGAAAAAAGUUGAGAAACCAACGAGAAAGUCAACGCGUAGGCGUGGCAGGAGAUCACCCUCUACUUCGUCGGAACAAGAUGCUUUUGUCGAGGAUGCAACUAAAGGAAUUACUCAGCUCAAAGAGAUCGAUAAGGAGACAAGCAUGCAGACGCGCCUACAGAGCAAGGAAAUGGAACAGAUGCCACAAGGCCGGGAGGAGAAGGUCUCCUCCAGCGACAGAGACAUGAAGGCGGACUCGCCAGAAGACGAGGUGGACAACAGCGGAUCAGUGUGGAAAGUGGCAAGGGCGGAUGCGUCGCCCGGUGAGAUACAGAAGCUAAAACUAUGUAGGCAGCGCAACACGUCAGAAGUAUCAUCCGAAACAGCAGUAUCGAGUAGGAAAGGUGGCCAGUCAAGUGGCAAGUGGCAGGAAAGUGGUGAGGGCGUUGUAGAGGAGGCUGACUCGGCCGAUGAGCAACUGGUUUCUUAUACAAGAACACUCAGUAGCACUGAACAGCCGAUCGCUCCCUCCUCUUCAUACCCAGGUCAGGACUCCAACGAAGAGGUAAGUGAUAGCAAGGAGAUCCUGCCUGAAACCACUUCGGCCAACUUGUCUGACGAUAAACCAAACAUAGAUCAGCAUGCUGAAUCAAAUGAGGCAAAUUGCGCUGCCCAAUACGUUGAUAGCGAACCUGAUAAGCCGGGUAGUACGACAACCGCGCCGGCUCCUAGCGCAAACGGCGACUCUUGCGAGAAGGUCGCCACUGCUGCUGCCGCUGACAUCGCCAAAGAAGAUAAAUCUACGGAAGAUGCCAGCGAAAUGCCAAUGGAAACAUUCAACAUCCAAGAAAGUACCACGGAGAAGGAGGAGGAGGUUCACAAAGACACAAGUAGUGAGGAUGAGGAGGACAAUAAAGCGGAAACGCAACGUCCAGUGGAUUCGUCAUCCGAUUCAAAUGACGAGUCGCGCACCAAAAGAAGUAGAACGAGCAGCGAUCGAACAUCGCCACGUGCGACUCGUAGAAAACAUCGAAACAAGUACGGCGACUCGUCCAAUUCUGAAACACCUGAUUCUGAGGACGAGCCGGUCGAGAGAAAAGUUUCCGAGCCUUAUAUAGAGGAGAGGGAGGAGGAGGAGGAGGAUGAAGAAAAACCAAAUCUGGAACAUGUACGAGAAAAUGAUAAGGAACGAUCGGUAUCGCCGGAAAGGACUAACUCUCAUUCUCAGAACAAUGUAGAAAAGAUCGAGGCGGAUCAUGAUCAUUGCGAAACUGUCAAAAUUAAAUCGGAAGAAAAUGUCAGUGAGAAAUCGGAACAAAUUGUACUGGCCAGCUCUCAGGCAGUAGUUCACAAACCAGUUAAAGUUAACUUGAAAAGAUCAUUCACUGCAAGGAUGUUAUCUGAUAAUAGUGAAGUAAAAAAAGACGAUACCGAUGCAAGCGUUGACAAUGAGGCCAGUAGUCAAAAUAAGGAGAAUGGUGGCGAACAGGAACCAAAAUGUAUACCGAGAAAACGUCGAUGGGGAACCGCGCUUUCCACCGAUACCGCGCCUUCGUUCUCCAUUUCGACCGACUCGCUUAAAGCAUUGGUGCCCGGUGCGAAGCCGUUACCCAUCAAUGAGGUUCGUCUUUCGAAAGAUGACGACGAGGAUAGAGAUCGCCAUAGAAGUAAUGACAAGCGGCACAGCUCCAACGACAGUACAAACGAUGACAAGGCAAUAGACGAGAGCUCGCAGAAGAACGGCGCUGCUAAAAAGGGCAACGGAAAAGUGGACAACCACAUUGCGACGAGGCGAAAAAUAUCGAUCGUGAAGGAAAUGCCACACGUGAAAUCGCCGAGCCCACCAGCGUCUAAACCUACAAGUAUACUCUUGAUCAAGAAUCUAGUUCGUCCUUUCACAUUAAAUCAAAUAAAGGAGCUUCUUUCCCGUACUGGCACCAUCGUGGAGAAUGGGUUCUGGAUGGAUCGAAUUAAAUCCAAGUGCAUUGUCGAGUAUUCCAACGAGGAUCAAGCAUUCGAGACGAGACAGGCGCUUCAUGGGAUCUCCUGGCCUAUGUCGAAUCCGAAGAAGCUUCACGUGGAAUACGCUACGAGGGAGGACAUGGAGGCUGCCCGGGAAUCGUCCAAGGAACAACCGAUCGCCCGCAAGACGGAGCCGCUCUCGUCCGAUUCGUGGCAGCAGGAUUGGGGUCGUGAUGAAAAAACCAAUACGACCAAGGUGACCGUGGUGAGAGAGUGGGACCUGGGUAAGGAAGAUGGCCAACAGCACAUGAGGGAGAAGGAGCGCGAGAAGAAGGAGCAUGACAAGAAGCGACGAGCACGGAGUCGGAGCCCUGCGUUGGAUACUCAUCUGUCCGCACCAGCUCGCAAAUUCAAGAAGAAAGAGGACGACCCGCCACCGGCCAAGCUCCUGGAUGAUCUCUUCAGAAAGACGAAAGCGACGCCUUGCAUAUACUGGUUACCACUUACGAACGAACAGAUAGUUGUGAAGGAGGAGAUGCGGCGGCAACACAUGGCGGAACAUGCGCGUAGACUAGAAGAGAUGAGACGCGCCGAUAGAAACAGGGAUGGUCGGCGUCGACGUAGUCCGCGAAAAUAAAAGAAAUGUCAUCAUACACAUCUUUCCUCUCCUGAUCCAAUUUCAGCUAACUUAGUAUUAACCAGUCCACUUCACCACUUCAACUAGUUUUUUAGCUUCGAAACUUAUUUUUCCUCGAUAUUGUGUCGUUUGUCACGUCCAGUUCUCUAUUUCACUCUCGUUUCAGUUCCCGUUUAAAGACAUCCCAAGUAAUCAAAUAAUAAAUUAAUCUUUUAAUAUUCGUUAUACGUAUAUGUCUGCCGUUUGCAGUUCGAUUUACUUUCCUUCCAGUAAAAAUGAAUUACGAUCUUGAACUCGAAUGUCCUUAUUACGAUAAUUUUUUUUCAGUCGUAUUCUCUCCAUGUUUUUCGCAUUCUGCAGUUUGAUUACGAGCCGCUUAUAGGUGAUGCUAUCUGACGCAUGAUUAACAAGCCUCCUUGCCAUUCCUCGUUCCCUCUCCUCACGCAUCAAAAUUAAACCGUGCUUCUUACAGGUCAACAUUUAUCCCACAGAGAGCCAAUAUAGAUCAGAUUCGGUGUAGUGGUACUGUGUUUUCAUUGGCUUCACGGGGGAUGAUAUCGUCUUUACGUCACGUUGAAACUACACGUGAGAGACCGCACAUGUUCACGGCAUCCGCACGCAGUGUCUAACGACGUGGGAACUACCGAAGAAGAUAAGACGUUAUUGAUUUGUCAGAUAUGGAAUAGACUUGGUACUCGUGAUCACGGAGUAACACGUUCGAUGUCCCCUUUGCUCUUUCUUUUUUCUUUGUGCAUUAACGCCACGACGCAGUUACGACAGAAAAGUGUUCGUCUGAAACACGGAGGCGAGAUGAGGAUGUCUCGUUCGAGGAGCAAAAAAAAGGAAAGAGUGUCUUUGCAGUCGUUGCGUUAAAGAUAUGAUUGUUCUCCGUAGCCUAUUUCGAAUUCUUCGAGUUCAACAACUACUAUUAUCCAAGUUUGAUAGCGCUUAUGUUUGAAAAUGUCGCGUCAGUGUUCUUUACCCAUGCGAUAGACUAGUGCAGGGUAAAGGCAUACAUGUAAAUACAACUGAUAUUCCAUGGUGUGACAUGUAAAAUUAUUAAUAAAUCUUACAUAAAAAGGACACUAUUAAGAUAUACGAAAGUACAUUUAUCGUUACUUUUUACGAUACACCUGUAGACGAAAAAGAUUGAAAGCAUGAGUAAAUAAAUUUGUGUUUAAAACAA